CCAGUCUUGGUCUGGAUUGCUGCUGAUGUAUGCUUGCCAAUGAAGUGUAGUUUAUCUGGCUAUUCUAGCUAAUCAAUAAUGGUUUGAAAAGUAUGAGAACUUAGUUCUUCCAAGCUUAGCACUAUCUGGGGAGAGAAAAAAAACCCUUAUUGUUCAAUGUUCUCAGAAAUCCAUAAUCAUGACUAUGGUGUUUAUGUCAGUAGCUUAUGUCAGUAAGUUCUGCUGCAUUUACUAUUUUUACACAGUAGCAAUAAUGGAGAGGCAGGGGAGCUGUUAGUUCUUCCAGGGAUGACACUGCUUGAGGAGGGAAAGCGAUCCUUAUCGUUCAAUGUCCUUUCAUACUCAAUUCAGAACUCGAUAAUUCAAAACUCACACCAUUGUUUUGAAGAUUCUGAAUCAACUUGUGCCUGAGAUGAAUCUGGAUAGUUAGACAUGACACCUCUGUCUUAGAAUUCAUCUUCAAUAAUGAAUGCAGCACUACAUAGAACCUAGAUUUCAGCCAUAACUGUUAGGUCCCAUUCAAAGCUUGUAAGGAAAGAAAAAUGUUUUCUGCUUAAGGUGAGAAAAGAACCCAGAAUUUGGAAUGAUUUUCUACUUGGUUUUUAUUCACAUGUCGAGGCUUUAACUAGCCAAAGAGGGAUUACAAGCUAAUAACUACUUCCUAAUUCUACGAACAUGAUUUCCAAAGAAAGAGAUAAGGGAUAAUGGUCCACUUCUGUUGUGGAGAGCUGCUGCAGAGUCGAAUUGGCUGAAUGUGGAUAUGGUGGACCGGUUCUGUAGGGAUGGUUGGUGCACGUGCGGUUGACUGGGUCAUUUUCUUCAAUUCUGGUAUUUUGGGUCUCUUGUGGGAACACGUUGGGAUCUACGGAUGCUAACAAUAACUUUUCAGAUAGGGGGACUCUUGACAUGAUUAUGGACUGGAUGGAGAGGAGGAAGAUGAAUUUUUCCCACCCUGAUCAGGCUACCCGUUUGGAUCUUAUAGCCAAAACUAAAGGGAUAACAGCUGCUGAAAAUUACUUCAGUGGCCUCUCUCCAGCUGCUAAGAAUCAAUUUACUUAUGGAGCUCUUCUGAACUGCUAUUGCACAGAGGUUAUGACAGACAAGGCAUUGGCUCACUUUGAAAAGAUGGAUGAACUGAAUUUUGUUUCUGGUUCUUUACCUUUUACCAAUCUGAUGUGCUUAUAUAUGAAAUUGGGAAAACCCGAGGAGGUGCCUCGUCUUGUUGAUGAAAUGAAGCGGAGAAAGAUACCUUUAUCCACCUUCUCAUAUUCUAUCUGGCUGCAGAGCCUGGGAAGUUUAGAUGAUAUUGAAGGAGUAGAGGAAGUUCUUGAGGAGAUGGCAAAGGAUGGGGAAGACAAAUCCACUUGGAACACAUACGCUAACCUGGCUGCAAUCUAUGCUAAAGCUGGGCAGAUUGAGAAGGCCAAGUUAGCUCUUAAAAGUUUGGAGGAGAAGAUGAAAAAACGGAAUCGUGAACCCUACCAUUAUCUUCUCAGUAUAUAUGCUGGAAUUUCAAAUCCUGCUGAGGUAAAUCGGGUGUGGAAUUCCUUGAAGACAGCUAUUCCUGGUGUUAACAAUAUGAGCUACCUAGUCAUGCUUCAAGCCCUUGAUAAACUGAAUGAUGUUAGUGGUUUAAAGAAAUGCUUUGAGGAGUGGGAAUCCAAUUGCUCUCAUUAUGAUAUGAGACUAGCAAACGUCACCAUUCGCAAUUACUUAUCGGCUGACAUGCACAGUGAAGCUAUUUCGGUUUUUGCCAAUGCUCGGAAGAGGAGUUCAGGGCCGUUUUUGAAGGCUCACGAAAUGCUAGUGAUUUUUUACUUGAAGAAUCAGCAGCCUCAUUUGGCUCUGAAGCAUUGGGAAGAAGCAAUAUCCGGAGAGGACAAAAACUGGAGUUGGAGCUCUGAAUUAGUGAGUGCCUUCUUCAAGUAUUUCCGGGAAGGAAAAGAUGUCGAUGGAGCUGAGGAGUUCUGCAGGGGGUUAAAACAAUUUGAUUGUCUUGAUUCCAAUGCCUAUUCUUUGUUGUUGAGAACUUAUAUAGCUGCUGGCAGAUCAGCCCCGGAGAUGCAAAGGAGGCUGGAGCAAGACAACAUUGAAAUAAACCAAGAGCUUGAGGAAUUGCUUGCAAAUGUCUCUUCCAUUUUCAGAUAAAAUCUGGCUAGGAGAUUAAUCUUGGAUUGUUAUCUUAAUGCCCUAAUGACUGGAUGUGAUGCGAUGAAAGCAAUUCAAGACUAACGAGAGCCAAGUUAUUAAUCA